CCCUAAUCUGAAACGCUGCGCCGUUUAUGUUAGUUUUAAACUCUUAGUGUCCGGAUUAAGGAUUUCAGUUAUCAUUUUGUUUCGCUUUAGGGGGAGAGGAAGCCAAAUGGGUAUAUUGUACUCAGAGCCCAUGUGUCAAGCAGCCUAUGAAGAUGAUAUCCACAAGGUGCGAGAACUGAUCUCGGCCGAUGCUGGAAAUGUAAAUGUUCAAGAUGAGGGUACUGGAGACACACCAGUCAUGGCCGCCUGUAGGCGUGGAAAUCUCAGGAUCAUCAAAUACCUUCUAGAUCACAAUGCUAAUGUGUCCAUUAGAAAUAAGAAAGAAAGAACUUGUUUGCACUAUGCUACGAGAAGAACGUUUUCUUUCCUGGACUACCUGAUGAUUGCCAUUUUAAUGCCUAUCCUGUUAAUUGGCUAUCUCAUAAUGGAGGAGAAACAAAGAAAAAAUGUGAAAUUGAUGGAGCUUGUGUUGGCCAGUAAAGUAGACAUAAACGCUGUAGACUAUAAAGGGAACACAGGACUUCACUAUGCUUGCCAAAGAAAAAGUCAAAGGAUCAUUCCAUUGUUAUUGAUGAAAAAUGCAGAUGUUUCAAUACAGAACAAAAAUCAUGAAACACCACUAGAUAUUGCUAAGAGACUACAAUUCCACAAAAUUGCUGCAAUGUUAACAAAAUCAAGUUGAAAGUAUUAAUGGAGGACAAAAGGGGACAAAUACUUGCUGCAAAAGUGGGAUCCUUGACAAUUAACCUGCCG